CCUGCAGGCUGAAGCUCUUCGUCGGUUCCUCCGUCUGACCAGAGAUGGCCACACAACUCUGGACACCGCUAAACUAGGGCUGCUCGACUGCGUCUGCGUUUGGAUUUUGACGUUGUUAUCGUCCGGCUGUGAGACGUGUUUUCGUGCAGACAGGGCUUGCAAGAUGGUCUUGGAAAGAAUUUUCCGUGCAGUUAUCAUGGGUCCUCCGGGCUCAGGGAAAGGGACGGUGUCGAGCAGGAUAGUGCAAAGUUUUGGACUCAAGCAUCUGUCCAGCGGGGACAUCCUGAGAACCAACAUCAAUGCGAAGACGGAAUUGGGUCUUCUGGUGAAGUCAUGCAUAGACCAGGGUCAGCUGAUCCCUGAUGAUGUCAUCUCUCGCCUCAUGCUGUCCCACCUUAAAGACAUGGAUCAGAGCAGCUGGCUCUUAGAUGGUUUCCCUCGGACUGUAGCACAGGCAGAGAGUUUGGACAGCAUGUGCACUGUGGACACGGUCAUCAACCUGGAUGUGCCUUUCCAGACCAUUAAGGAGCGCCUGACUUCACGCUGGGUGCACAUGCCCAGCGGUCGUGUCUACAACGUAGACUUCAACCCACCCAAGAUACCAGGUCUUGAUGAUGUCACAGGAGAGCCUUUGACCCAGAGGGAUGAUGACACACCUGAAACAGUGACCCGCAGGCUGAAGGCCUACGAGUACCAGACUCAACCAGUUCUAGAGUAUUACAGGAGUAAAGGAGUGUUGGAAACUUUCACUGGGACUGAAACCAACAAGAUAUGGCCGCACAUUCAUGCCUUCCUCUCCAAGAAGCUCCCACACACUCAGGAGGCCAGGGGACAGGUUUAGAUCACAUCACCUCUGACACUUGAAGCAGUAGAAACCAGCCUGCUUACAAUGGCCAUGAAGAAUGACGUCCAAAGCACAAAGUGCCGACUACUGCAAAGAGCCUUAUUUGUGGACAAAGACCACUAAAGUACUACAUAAGAGCCUUCAGUCUGUGUCUGGCUUUGCAUAAGCCUUCUUGAGAAAGGGUACAAUUGGCCAAACUGUGCGACUGCAGCUUAACCUGUGGAAUUUGAGCUUCAGUUUUUCCAUUUCCUGCUACUUUAGUUGACCAAUGUUUUUAUGUCGGCGAUUAUACUCACGAGAAUCACUGUGCAGAGGAAGGGAAUCCGCUGUAGUCCUGCAUUUUGCACUCUGUCUUAAAAAGAGUUAUACUCUUUCACAUAUUGCCUUAGCACCUCCUCCCUUAGGUGUGAUAGAUUAAACAGGGGCUACAGGGUGAUUUUUAGACUAGUGAUUUUAGAGUCUUGGGGGGAAUUUCUUUAUCUUUGAAAUCGGUAUUAUGUCAGUUUUAAUAGUAAGAGAUUGUAGAAUGUAAUUCUGUACUGCUAAGCCAUGCACUAAUAGAUUUAAGCUAAAUCAUUUUUAAAGUAUUAUGAUUUUUACAUUAUUUUUGUUCAUUAUGAAUUUAAAAUGCAUUAAUGUGAGUUUGAGUUUUAGAGCAUGUUCUUCUAUUCAACACUAGCCGCUGUCAAUAAUGCAACAGUUUCCUGCCAUUGGAAAACAAUUAUAAUCAGUGAGCGCACACUUAUGUUGCACAGUUUGAGAACCAGACUGGAAAUGUGUCAAAGAGGGUUUAUUGUUUCAUAAUGGAUGGUGGUCUGGGGGGGAUGCUUCUAUUAAAACAAACUCUGCUCAAAAUGGGCCAUGACACAGUUUAUAACACCACUGACUGAAUGAUGUUACAGUAUUUCCUGGUUUUGCUUGGGAGCCAUAUCUACCCAUACUUUAAUUAUUACAGGAUUGUAUUUUUCAUAAUUUUAGCUAACAGUGUUCCUCACAGAGUAGCCUUAGGUGAAACCACUCCUGUAUUGGCAAAAUGAUGCCAAAUCUAUUCAUUCUGAGAGAAUUCUGUCUAAGACUAAAUUGAACUCCCCUUCACUUUUUAAAUGAUUUGCACAAACAUUUUUAGAAUGUCUAUUUUUAGAACGGAUAAUAAGGGUAAUGAUGGUUUUUUUCCUGAUCAUCAUGUUAUUUUCAAUAAAAAGUCAACUUUUUUAGAAAUAUCAUUGACAUUUAUUACUGAUUCCAUGUUACUGUGUUGACUGAAAAAAAUAAAAAGAAAGCAUGUUUAAAUAGUA